AUGCCGGUUCUGAGGAAACAAGCCAAGAAAGUUGUGAACCAAUAUGAGGGGAAUUCCACGUCUCUUUUUGUCUGCACUCAUUCUACUUAUCAAGAACAGGCAGCAGCAGGCACUUCUCUCCGUGGACUGGGAAAUUUCGGCUCCAGUUUGGAGGAUACAGUCUUAUUUCUGAGUUUAAAAUCGCAGGAGCACGCUAAGAAAUUUGCGCAAUUGAAGGAUGACUAUGAGCAAAUGCGGAAUGAUAAGGAAAGCCUAAGGGAAGACUACAAGAAAUUGGAGCAAGGCUACGAGAGUAUGAGGCAGGCCAAUGAAAACCUCAGCAGUAACUGCGAGAAGCUCAGCAGUAACUUCGACAACAUGAGAAAAGAAAAGGAAAACCUCAAAUCCAGUCUACAGGAAUCAAUACGUGAGAGUGAGAAAUUGAAACUUCAAUUAAGCACCAUGGAAGGAAGACUCCAAUACCUCGAGGCAAUCAACCUGCAAAUAACGCCCCGAACGUGCCAGACGAUUGCAGACCUGGGUGUGAAGCGGACAGGAAAAUACUUUGUUGAUCCGGACGGGGUUCUGUUUGGCAAUGCCCCCAUUCAAGUACUCUGUGACAUGGAGACAGGUCGAACUCCACAUGCCCUCUCAACUAUGUUUCGUCUAGAUCCUGUAUCCACGAUCGUCCUCCAUGAUUCGAUGGGAAGCACUGUGAUAGAUAAUUGUGCUGAUCCGGGUUGCUACAGUCGCCGCAUUAAUUACGGUUCUCCCAUCAAACAAAUGACAGCCUUGAUCGACCAGUCGGAUUCAUGUGAACAGCAAAUAAGAUACGACUGCUUCUCGGCGGCUCUGAUUACUGGAGACACGCAGUAUGGAUGGUGGGUGGACCGUCACGGUCAACGCCAGUAUUACUGGCAUGGAUCAAGAUCUGGAGAGCACGUGUGCAAAUGUGGUAUCUCUCGCGACUGCAUCGACUCCUCUCUCCCUUGCAAUUGCGAUGCAGGGGCACCCCAAUGGGAAUCGGACGUGGGAGCCAUCACUAACAAAACAGCACUGCCCGUAACUGAACUUCGCUUUGGAGGAUUACGAUUCGGAAGCCAGAAGGCGAAUUACACUCUUGGAGGAUUGACUUGCAGGAGCAAAUCUUCAUCCGCUUCCAAUCCGGCAGAGCAUGCUCGUCUCUCCGCCGAACUGGACAUACUCACUCGGGUUAUAACCUGAUCAACACCAAAUAAGGGCAGUACGAUAUAGUGAUAUGUAAGAUGGAUUUAGUUGAUACCGACCCGAAGUUUCAGAUGGAGACAAGAGCCCUUUUUUUGGAUGAGGAGCUCAUGGCAAUGCUUGUUAAUCUUUAGGAAUUGCAAACAGAAUGCUUCGCUUCAUCGGAAAAAAGGUCAACGAAAGGUGGGCAAUGGAUCCAUCCCAGCAGUUGAGUUUUUACGGCACCCAUGGAUAGCAUUCGUGCCUUUCAUUUGCACACUUGGACUUACAAGACUCGUACACCUUUGAAAAUGGGAAAAAAUGCAAUCGGGAAAGCAUUAAUAAACUCUGAUGGCCGUAAGGUGGAGAGACCAGGUCAAUCAACUCUGCUGUAUAUUAUUAAUGGAGACAAAUUCGAUGUCUUCUUCUAGAAGGAUAUCACGAUCUUGCACCGUCACGUUUCGUGGGCUAUCACAUAUAUAUCCCAUGUGAAAUCGCAAAUGGAUAAACACUCUCCAAUAUUAACGAUUUACUGUCUCCUUUGGCUCAUUUCUAUGGCAUCCAUACCCUAGCUUCAGGUGGACUCCCGUGCUCGUAUUACGGGGCAAGGAACCUCUUUCGAUGAAGUGAAACAUUUGAAAGUACAGGCAACUUACUCAAGUUGAAGAGAACUGAGGGCAACGUAUGCAUUGCAAUGAAUCCGACCAGUUGAAUUUUCCCGAAACCUUUUAAGGGUAUUUGUGUCUGUCAUUUCCAUGUUAGUUUCAUUCCCUCUGUUUGACAGUAUUUUUCCGACUUUACCCAUCGGAGGGCGAGGGAAUGGAACAAACUUAAAUUGGAACGAGCGAAGCAUCCAUUAAUUAUGAUGAGGUAAUGAUAAUUAGAGGUUGCCAACAUACUUCAUAAAUGGGUGUCCAAUAAUAGAUUGUAGCCAGUGUUCCAUGCUCUUUACAGCCCUGGGAAUAUGUGCAUCGCAAGCUAACGGAGCGAUUUUGAAUGGAGAGCAUACAGAAACCUAACUUGUGCACCUAGUUUCCCCGUACAAAGGCCAGUCAUUGAACUUUUUGAUGGGUCCUCAUAUACAAGGUCAUUCAAAGUAACAUAUACACUUUGAAUCACUCUGUACCAUCGAUGGUAAAUUUCAUAACAACGUUUGAUGGUGCAUUUGCUGGCAAACAUCAUUAUUUAAAAUAUAUAUUAUUAAAAGUCACAAAAUACCCUCAACAUGCCGGAUGUACUGUUGAAUUUCGAGCAAAGGAAGAACAUAUUAAUCUCGGUGUUGUCCCUCUCGAUCCGGUCAGAGUGUUAGUUUCCCACAGUUCAACCUUUUGGCUUUGAAUUAAAGCUGCCAAAUUGUUCUCCCUCACUUUCUCUUACGCGCGGACGUUUGCCAAGAAAAUCGGACGGGUUAUUACUUGUUGUCUGUCAUGCUCACUGACUAACCCAUUUUUGUUCCUUCAUAUCUUGAGUACUUUUGUUGCGUAAAUUGGUAACCUUUAGAUUUCUGUAAUAAAUAUAGAUAUCAAACUUG